GGCAUUUUUUGCAGGCUGCACUCUGACAGGUCCGGACGAUCAGAGAGUACAGUGGAAGAAAAGUAGGCAACUCUUGUGCCUUUUGGAGCAGCAUCUGGUCCUGCCUUCUUCAUAAGCAAAGCUCUUCUGAGGAAAUGUCAGACCGAGCGGUGGAACUCACCAACAAGCCUUUCGCAGUCCAGUUGUCCAAUGUCUACCUUAGCAUUUUGGCACUGUUCUGCUUCAAGCUUUUUGUUAAGAUUUCUCUCAACUUGCUGACAUACUUCUAUAUAGUCCGUGGGAACCGUAAAGAAGCUGCCCGGAUAUCAGCAGAGUUCUAUGACUACGGUCAACAACACAGAUCCUGGGCGGACCGCUCACCCCUCCACGACGCUGCCAGUCAGGGCCGCCUCCUCGCCCUGAGGACCCUCAUUUUACAGGGUCACAAUGUGAAUGUUCUGACUAUAGACCAUGUGACACCCCUUCAUGAGGCCUGCCUCGCAGACCAUGUUGCCUGUGCCAGGGCGCUCAUUGAUGCAGGAGCGAAUGUCAAUGCAUCUACAAUUGAUGGAGUCACCCCUCUGUUCAAUGCCUGUAUGGUGGGUAGUGUGGCUUGCACUGAAAUCCUUUUGGAAAAUGGAGCAAAACCCCAGAGCCUUGUAUACCAACCUUCACCGAUACAUGAAGCGACCAGUAAAGGUCAUUAUGGUUGUGUUGAGGCCCUGGUGACUUGGGGGGCCGAUGUGGACAUGGACAUUCCUCACCUGGGUACAGCGCUCUACACUGCCUGCGUCUGCCAAGAGCUGGAAUGUGCCAGGAAGCUCCUGAAGGAAGGUGCAAACGUUCAGAAAGGCAAAUCGUUGGAUUCGCCGCUACACGCGGCAGCAGAAAAGGACUGCACAGCUGUGGUGAAGCUGCUGCUGGACUUUGGGGCUGAUAUAAACGCCAGAAACACAGAGUUUCAGAGGCCAGUAGAUGUGGCUCCACCCAGCAGUCUGACAGAGGGCUUCCUGCUGCUCUACGAAGCUACGCCGCGCCUGCUGAGCCAGUUGUGCCGUCAGUGCAUCAGAAGCUGCGUUGGCCGCGACAGACUCCACCUUCUUUCUCACCUUCCUCUUCCCAACAGGCUCAAGAACUACCUGCAGUACCAAUGACCAGCAGAACCAAGACAACGUGUGCCUAAAUGGACUCUAUGAAAUAAACCUUUAACUAAUCUAAACACA